AUGGCAGUUGUUAAGAAUCUAUUGUUUGUGCUAGCGUUAGUUUCCGUGGUCGCAGCACAAGAGUUAGUCGAAGCAAACACAGGAGGGGUGGAUGAAGGUCGUAGAAGAAAGAGGUUUUACAAAUUUUUCUUCAAAUCGCUUGGACCCAUCUUAUCAACGGUAGCAACCGUGCUGCUGGUAAAGGCGAAAAUUGUUCUGGUGGCCCUUUUUUUUGCUGGAAUCUACUUCUUUGGGCACAAAAUAUUUCCGGGUGGCUUUUUCGGUUCAACGGUCUAUAGUGAAACUCCGCCACCGUUUAUCGAGUCCGACAGCUUUCCGGGCUAUCAUACCACGGGAUACAGUGCUGGUUCCAGCUAUCCUGGAUAUAGCACCAUUUCCGAUCAUCCAGGCCCAGAACCAUUCGCAACCUACGGUCCACCAUCUUCCGGGCCGCAAUCUUACUCCGGAUCGCAUCGCAGACGUCGUGAUACUAGCAAUCAAGGGCUCAACAAUAAGGAUACCGAAGACGAUUACAUGGGCGAGGAUGAGUAUGCAUCGCGGAAAAUGUACUGGACGGACACUCUUACGGAUAUGACUUUCCGUUUUCUUGGCGUGAACCAGCGCGUCUGUCGGAAGCGGUUCGUCUGCGAGUUCGAUUUCCAGGCCAAGAGAAACCCGAUUUUACUCUUUAUGACUCGCGCCAUUGGACGAGACAUUUUCCACAAUUAUCGCGACGCCAGUGAUGAGAAGGCAAACAGCUACAAAGAUUGCGGACGCAUUUAUGAGGAAUGCAAGGUACCGAAACGAAGAAAGUAUGCUCGCCGACCCUUCCCGCCUGGCCGACGACCGGUGGAUCCUUCUCAACCGAUUUCACAACCACCCACAGCAGAGACGGCUAGUUACGAUACACAGGAGAAUGAAAUCGAUGCGUCGGAUGCUACAACUAUUCCUCCGACCAUUAGUCCUUUGAGGGGUAAAUUGAUUUUGCAACCAAAGACAGUUAACCGAUUUCACCGUAACUAA